AAGACUUUAGUAAUGGAGUACUUGAGCACUUACCUCGCGGUAUUUCUCCUGUUUCUUUCGAAAGUUUUAGCUGAAGGCGAAACGAAAGGAUACCUUCGUAGAGAGCAUUCCGUUUUAAAAGGGGCUGGUCCUUCUAUUCCUUAUUGGGAUUUCCUUGGAAGUACAUUUAUUUCCAGCAGCUACAUUAGAUUAACACCUGACCAUCAGAGUAAGAAAGGGGGUUUGUGGAAUAAUGUGCCAUGUCAUGUCAAAGACUGGGAAAUGUUAAUUCAUUUUAAAGUACAUGGAGUUGGUGACACAUUAUUUGGAGAUGGAUUUGCAUUUUGGUAUUCCAAAGACAGGAUGCAAGAAGGUGAUGUAUUUGGUAGCAAGGAUUAUUUUUAUGGUCUUGGAGUAUUCUUUGACACCUACAGUAACCACAAUGGUGAACAUCAGCAUGAUCACCCUUACAUUUCUGUAAUGGUUGGAAAUGGAUCUCUUCACUACGAUCACGAUCGAGAUGGAACACAUAGUCAAGUGGCUGGCUGCUCACAAAGUUUUCGUGGAAGAGGUCAUGAUACCUAUGCACUGAUCCGUUAUUCUGGAACCCAGAAUCGUCUGACAAUACUGGUGGACGUAGAGAACAAGAACGAGUGGGAGGAUUGUUUAGAUGUAGGUGGUGUGAAGCUGCCAACAGGAUUGUAUUUUGGAACAACAGCAGCUACAGGACAACUUGCUGAUAACCACGACAUCAUAUCCUUGAAGUUCUACGAAACUGAAAUGCCAGUGUCGUCUGAUUCUAAAGGAGCUGAUGAAGAUCGAACCAAAAUAGUUCCAUUUGCAUCUGGUGCCGAACAAUACAGAGAACGCGUAGAGGACGUGCAAGGCAGUUUUUCAUCAAAGACUGUAAAGGUCUUCAGCUGGCUCUUCUGGUUUGCCCUUGUUGCCGUAUGUGUCGUUGGAGUCUCUAUUUACGUAUACCAGAAACGUCAAGAAGAUUCCAGGAAAAGAUUUUACUGAGUGACAAUAAACGCUGGUCUUGAAGUUGGACACUUAACUCAAAAGUCAAAACAUUGUUCGUGCGGAGACUCAAUUUCUUGAUAAAGUAUGGAAAUUUGCCAAAGCCUUGAGGAGAAGAAAAGGAAAAGUGUGGUGUCUUAUAUGAGGUGUGACGGGUGUUUCACCAAUUGAUGGAUUAAAUAUUUUUAAAUAGCCUAAUUGACCCAAAGUGCUUCGGCCAAAACGUUUCAUGAAUGGAAUCAGAGCGUUUUGCAAUCGUGGAUCGAAGCCUGGGCAUUCAUAUUUUUCUCAGACCUUGUGAUUGGAGUCUCAACUUUGAGUGUGGAAAUUGAAAUGAUCGAUUAGAAAAAAAAGUAGUGAAUUUGGUACAGAAAAUGCACACUUAUCCUUGGAAAGGAAAUGUAUUUCCUGCGAUGGAAUCAAGAUGAUUUAUUUCAUCAACUUUUCUCAAUC